AUGAUUUCUAUUUCUGACAUUGAAACCAUAAAUAAGUUUAUUCUUGAAGCUAAUGGAACCCUUGAAAACAUAUAGAAGGCUUUUGUGAGAAAAUUUUCACAAGAAUAUGGUCCUUAUCUAUAUUUUUAUCAAGGGCUUUGCGAUAAUGUAUAUUAAUUAAAUGAUUUUCUUAUUUAGAUAUUCACAAAAGGAUAAAGACUUUUAAUUAUUUACUUGUUAUAUAAUUCUGAAUUAAAACAAUGUUUAACAGAUAUAUCAAGUUAUAGUUAAAAUUAAUUUGAAAAGAAAUUCGUAUAAGAUCCAUAACUUGUAAUGCAUUCUAUUAAGACUUAUAAGAUAGUAUGCUGGCCUAACAAUAAAGACCCUUUUAGAAGAAUUAGAUAAGUAGAGUAUGAAUGAUAAACAAUUAAAUAAAGAAUAGAUAACUUAAAAUUAAUCAAAUAAAUUGAGAAAUUGUAUAUCCAUAAAUAGUAAUCCACCUCAGUAAUAUAAUUAAAAUUAUUAUUUAGAAAGUUACUCUAACAUUAACUUUUGGAAAGAUUAUCACAAUAAUAAAAUGGAUUUGAUAUUGACUUUUUAAGAUUAACUCCAAAUAUUGUUUAGACUAAAUUUGAUUGGAUUGAGUUCUAUUAAACUUGUGAUGUUCAAUGGGAUUAUUCAUUGUAGAUUAAUUCUGAUAAGUUGAGUCAGAUUAAGGAAAUUAUGCAGAAGGCUCAUUUAGAAUAAUUGUCUGAGUAAGAAUUAAAGGUAUAUUGAUAUUUGAUUGAUAUAAAUUAGUAAUUUCAAGAGUAUUUGAAGAAAGAUAAUAAUAAUUUAUUAAAAAAUAGUGGAUUAUUAAAUUUCAAUUUAAGUGACUUAAUUGAGAAGAACUUAAAUUUAGCCUUUUUUCUAAUUUCUAAACAUUUUCCAAAUGUAGAAUUUUUUGAGUAAUAUCUAUUAUAAUAAUAAUAGUUUAAUGGAUGCAUUAAUGACAAUUGAUAUUACACCAAAUGUUUUAGAAAUUAUGUGCAUGUUAAUAUAAUAAUUUCAUAUACCUCAAGAAUACCUUAAUUAUUAUGUUAAUUAUUGUAUUUAAUACUGCUCAAAUAUAAAAGUAUUUCUAAAGUUUAAAUUAUAGGAAAAAGGACAAUAAGUAAAAAUGAUCAAAUAUUUGACAAUUUUCCUAAAACAUCUGAUAAAUAAAAAGAUGUUAAAGACUUAUGAAUUGUAAACAGAGGUAUGUUCAUAUAAUCAUGAAUUUAGUUGCAAGCCUUUUCCAUUGAAUUUUCCAAUAUAGGAGAAACAUCAAGUUUAUUCAAAAUGAUAAAGAAUGAUUAAUAAUAAUGA